CUUUGUGUCGUCAUAUAUUCCGUUGUCGUGGCGACACAACUGAGUAUACCAACAGAGAGGUUCUUCCAGUUUCUGUUUCGUCUCAAGCAAAACAGAACACCUCUGCGUACGUAUAUCGGACUGACUUGGCUAUACGUCUGACCUUUGACAAGUUGUAACACAUCAUGCCAAUCCCUGUACCACCCGGGGUGCUUCCGGAGGCUCACAGAGUCAUCUGUAUUCGUUCAGUCCGGGCUGCUGCUCGCGGCCGAUUUGUUGACUUCGAGUUUUCGUCAAUGAGCUCCAAGAAGUGUGCGUACUGCACUUUUCAAAACGAGAAGUGUGUUCCGCUUCCCACUUAUGUGGAAAGCGAAUUCUCCGUCUUUUGGCAGGCCCUCGGACAGUACGAGGUCGCGCUUGGCAGCGACGUGAUUCAUGACCGCCACAUCACGGAGGCUAGGGUCCGGGCUGCCGCCUUCGCGCUGGCGAGCUGUGUGCAGGUAGCGACUGCCCAGCUCAAGAGCGUGUUGGUGGUAGAUGUGCUACUAGCGGACUACUAUCGGGUAGCGGAGGAGAAUCGGGUCCUUCAGGUUCAGAUGGCUGAUCUGGCGGCGGCUGUCGAGAAGGUGGCGGGAGCUCAGGUGGAGCUAACAAAAGCUUUGCAGGGUCUUGUGGAAGGAGGGAGUCGGGGUGGAACAGGACAACGAGGUGGACGGGGUGGUCGUCCAAGUGGUGGAAGGGGGAAUGGAUAUGAUGGUGGUUUAGGAGGAGCAGUCGGGGCGGAGUCGGACAGCGAGCUGUCUGACGUGCCUCAUGAAUUUUCAGGUGACGAGAUGGACCUGCCGUGAGGCCUGAGGCGGGGUCUGAAACUGG